AGGGGGAGGAGGUCGCGCGUAAAAGCGCAGGUCGCCGGCGCCGGGGGCCAGUCGCUGCCUCCGCCAUGGCGUCACUCGGAGCGUGCCCGGCGCCGCUCGCGCUGUCGCUGCUGCUGCUGCUGUGGCCGGGGCUGCUGUCGCCGCCGCCGCUCGCCAGCGCCAAACUGCCGCUGCCGGCGUACAUCAAGCCGUGCAACGCGAGCGCGCCCAUCGACGAGCUGGAGGCCUGCGCCACGCGCCACGCGCAGGAGGGCUUCCCCUCCGUCGUCAGAGCGUUGUAUGCGACUGUUAACAAGCGCAAGUCGUAUGCGACCGUUGACAAGUGCAUGGCGGCGUUGUAUAUGACUGUUGACACGCGCAUGACGACGUCGCAUGCGAUUGUUGACAAGCGCAAGCCGUGGGCGAAUGCUGAGAAGCGCGUGGCGGGGUGCGCAGGGGACCGCAGGUACAAGGUGCCCGCGCUGAACCCGCUGCUCAUCCCGCGCAUGGUGGUGGACGACGGCCAGGGUCCGCUGGGGCUCAACCUCGUGGCCACCGACCUGCACUUCGGCGGCAUGGAGAACGUGCGCAUUGACCGCGUCAGGUUUGACAUGGACAAGAAAUAUGCGUGGUACGAUGUGUUAAAUGCCAAUGAAGCGUGUGUGCUUACAGAGGACAUGUUCAUCUCGUACGAGUACCGCUUCAAUCUGGAGAGGCGGCCGGACGGGGAGGUGUACUUCAUCCCGCUGCCGCACGACGGCUUCCGGUUCAACACAUCGCGGCUCUACGUGCACCUGGACAACCUCUUCAACGGCGACCCGCUCCUCGGUGAUAACACAAAUAAAUUCAUGAACGACAACUGGGAGGAGAUGUUGGUGUCCUUGGGGCCCAUAUUUUCAACAGCCAUCAGUGAAAUAGUGCACAGUAUCCUCACAAAUAUAUUUCAGUUGGUUCCAUUCACAGACGCUUUCACUGGCACCGACAAGUAUUUACCGCCAUAACUCUUGCAAUAUUUGGAAAUUGGGAAUUUUUAAAUUUUAUUGGUUGUCCAUGACAAUGUUUUUAUAAAAUACUUUAUUGUUAAGUGUGUGACUGCAGUGACAAGUAAAUCAUCCAAAACGUAAUCAUCAAAUGGAUGAAAACGCCAUGGGGACAUACGAGCCAUGUCCUGCCCCUAAUGCCAAGCAUAUUUUGCCAUUUCACUCAAUUUAUUAAAAACAAACUACAUAGACCAUAUCACAUCCAAUGGAAUAAUUGCUUUAUGUGUAAAUGAGAAUUGUAUUUGUUUUUAAAUCAAGGUAUAUUUUUAAGUUAUUUAAAGCACAAAAUGGCGCAAAAUGGAACUUCCCUUCCCUAAAUUAUUUCUAUAUCUGCCCCUGGUUCUGGAGUGAAUAUAUCUGCAAACCUAUUAAAUAUUUAUGUGUUUGAAUACAAUUCAAAGAUUUUAAAAAAUAGUAAAAAUAAUUUUCUUCUUGUAAUUAAUUUAAAUUUAGUUCAUAAUAAUGAACUGUAAUACCAAAUACUUCAUAUUUAAAUUGAUUAGCAUGGCAUUCAGUACUUUUAAUUUGAAAUAAAACAUCAACAAUAAUUAAAUUGAUAAAAACCAGUAAAUAAAAGAAACAUGGUCAGUAUACUGUGAUUUGAAGCCUACUGUGGUAUGACUUGAUGCAAAUACUUAAAUAUUAUUUAACACAACUGUAUGAAAGAAAACAUAAGUGUAUUAAAUGUUUGGAUGAAUCAACUUAAAAAAUGUAUAUUAUUUU